CGGUAGUAUAAUCGAAACAAUAGCGAAAUGAAGGUCCUAACUCUUAUCCUCUUCACUGCCUUGGUGGCAGUGGCUUCUGGCCGCCCCAAUGGCGGUUGGUUCGGAAAUUUUGGCAGCAACUGGGCCAGGAGGUUCGGUUGGGGCUCCGGUGACGAUGAAAUCGUGCAGGAACAGAGGUGGAAUAGCCAAAAUCAGUGGAAUCCAAAUGGCAACGGUCAGGGUCAGUGGGAUGGCGAAAAUGGUCAGGGACAAUCUCACGGAAACAAUCAAGGCCUCGGCCAAGGAAACGGACACGGAAACAACCAUCAUGGUCAUCAUGGCAACAGUCAUGGUCAUGGUAAUGGUCAAGGCCACGGUGGACAGCGCCCUCCUCCACCACCACCAACGGAUCUGCCUGAGUUGACCACCGAGGAUGAUGUGGUAUCCACCACGGAUGUUACCAGUCCCGCGGAGGAGACCACUCUGGCACCCGAGGUUCCAGAAGAAUCUACCAGUCAGGCACCAGAGGAAAUCACCACCGGCUCUGAAGAAGGCAGCGGUUCCUCGGAGGACACCACCACCCUGGCCCCUGAAGUUCCGGAGGAAUCCACCACUCAGGCACCGGAGGAAAGCACCACCGACUCUGAGGAUGGUAGCGGUUCUGAGGAUACCACUCAGGCUCCGGAAGAAACCACCACCGAGGAGCCUGAAGAAUCCACCAGCGAGGCUCCCGAAGAAUCCUCCAGCGAGGCGCCCGAAGAAUCCACCACAGAGGAGCCCGAAGAAUCGACAACCGAGGCGCCUGUAGAAUCCACAAGUGAGGCACCCGAAGAAUCGACGACCGAGGCUCCCGAAGAAUCCACAAGUGAGGCGCCGGAAGAAUCCACUAUCGAUUCUUCAGCGGUCUAGGAAGUUAGUUUCAUUGUUACCAAGGUUUCUGGUUCAUUUUCUCAAUAAUCGUUUAAAAUUUGGCGUUUCCGAGUAACAAGGUUAUUAAACAAAGCGUUAUAAAACGAAAUAUGGUGCAAAUAUUAAACUGUUAUAGCUAAAUUAUUAACAUGUUCUCCCAGAAGAGCGUAAAACCAUUUCUAGGGUUAGGAUUGAAGCCUCAUGAACCCACAUCGUGUUAUUAUGUCACGCACUCGCCAUUUAGUUUUAUAGCUCCAACAAUCUGAACAAUUAAAACAACCGAAAAAUG